AUGUCUGAACCAACGGAAUCGCAAGUCGGCAGCAUGAACGCGAACCUGAAGGAGUCCUCCUCCUUCUCCUCGUUCGGGCCCGACCAGACGGAGAGCGUCUCGCGCGCGCCGGGGUCGUUGCAGGAGCGCCCGGUGGGCGUGGGCUUUGGGCGGGAGACGGGAGAGAACGGGGAGAACCCGAGUAUGGAGGCGAGGUUUAACUCAGGUGCCACAUUGGACCCGUCGUCACAGAUGAACGCGCAGUCGAUCUCGGGCGAGCGACGGGCUGCUGCCUAUGGGGGUGAACAAUUGCCGGCGGGCUGGCCCACGGAAGCGUCUGCGAAGGCGACGCAGACCGGGAUCAGUCGAGGUGCUGCAUUGGACGACCUACGGGAUGAGCUCGGUUCCGUAGGAGGUCAGACGAGUACCGUGACGCCUCAGUCCCGGGGCGCUUGAGCGCGUGCGGUGUAUUCAGACGCAUUUAGUUGUAUCAUAAAUCACUCCACUUGUAUUUAUAGGCAUGUCAGAAUGAACUCGAACUGAAUAGCGUCC